UGAAAUAAACUAAACAGGAAUACUACAGAACAAAUACAAGACAAGGUUGCAAGUCCUGCCACCACAAUUUACAAUUUGAAAUGGCUUCAUCAUCUUCAUCUCUUCCAACAACCAUCUCAUUUUCAGUCACCUUUCUCAUAUUAUUGUCCUCACUGAAAACUGCCUCCGGCUGUUUCACGUCAAUCUUUGCCCUCGGCGAUUCACUGGCUGACACUGGAAAUUACGCGACCAUUUACCCGCCUAUAUUUCAUCUGAGCAAAGGAACACUCUACUGCGGCUUACCUCCUUACGGAGAGACCUAUUUUCAUCACCCAACAGGUCGAUGCUCCGAUGGUCGGCUAAUAAUCGAUUUCAUAGGUAGCUCUGCGCUUCGCCCACUCAUAAACAAUCCAUUGCUGGAUAUAACCAAGUUAGAAACGUCCCAGGGUUGUGGGCUUGGUACUAGAAGAACUAGCAUAAGUAGGAGUGAUCUUUUACUUAUCCAUGCGUCGUCUUUUGCAGCUGAAUACUAUGGACUUCCACCGGUUCCACCGUAUCUUAGGGGCGCGAAUCAUCGAAGCAACUCAAGGUUUCAAGCCGGUCUGAACUUUGCAGUUGCAGGAGCUACAGCACUUGACGUCCCAUUUUAUGGAGAAAAAGGAAUUUCUUCUACUUUGGCUAAUAUCUCUAUGAGUACCCAACUCAGGUGGUUCAAAGGGCUGCUGCCAUCUCUUUGCAAUUCCUCAAGCUGUAGCGAAGUUUUCAAAAGCUCGCUCUUUCUUAUGGGAUUCGGUGGCAACGAUUAUGGCAAAGCAUUUCUGCAAGGAAAAAGCUUGGAGGAGACAAAAUCCUUGGUUCCUUUGGUUAUUAGUGCCACUAGGUCUGCCAUUAACGAAUUGAUAGACCUGGGAGUGGUAAACAUAAUGGUGAAUGGUCUAUUGCCUGAUGGAUGCUCGCCAGCGAUGUUAACCUAUUUCAAGAGUUCAAACAAAGAAGAUUAUGAUACAGCAACAGGCUGCCUGAGUUGGUUGAACGAUUUUUCCAAUUAUCACAAUGAACUACUUCAAGAAGAGCUGAAUGGAGUUCGAGCAAAUCACCCAGAUGCACUCAUAUUGUAUGCCGAUUAUUUCAAUCCUCUGAUGCAGCUUUUUCGUUCUCCGGAACAAAACGGUUUCGGAGGAAGAUCGCUUAUGGCCUGUUGCGGCGAUGGAGGUCCCCCUUACAAUUAUAAUUUUUCAGCGCAAUGUGGAGAACCAGCGUCUACUGCUUGUGCUUGGCCUUCUCUAUAUAUCAGUUGGGAUGGCAUUCACCUUACAGAAGCCGCAUAUAGAUUUAUGGCCAAAGGUUUACUUGAGGGGCCUUAUACUACUCCUAGAAUCAAUACUUUCUGCACGUCCAUGAAGAAGGAUUUCGGAUUUGCGUCAGCUAUGACUAGCCAAUUAUGAGCUACUACUGCAUUUGAUUUCAUCUUUUACCUUCUACAAUUUGGAAUUACAGAUUGCUUCAAAGAUUUUGCGGAAUUAAUCUGCUUUGUGAUGUAUGGGAUUCAACUCGUGUAGCUAAUUGAAACUUAAGUUCCUAAACUUGAUCGACGCAGAGAAUAUAGUUCAAUUUCGUCAGAGUUAUGCAGAUUAA